GACUUUCAUUUCGUUUACGUUAAUUUACUUUUAGAUUAUGCUCCAGUAGAUGGCGGUUCACACAUUUCAGCUACUUCUAGCCCUAUACGAAAGUCGUCGAGGAAGACAAACACUGCAAACCGGAAAGCAUCGCUGUAGGGGUGAGGAGGGAGGCCGACAUCUUUAUUUUCCAGUUGAUUAGUAUGGGAGGACCUUGACUCCAGCUGUUAGAACUAUAGUAAAAUAUCUAAUUUAAGGUUCGUUUUUUGUGAAGCAGCAUACGAAUUCACUAAUAGUGAUUCUUUUGAAAAAAAUAAGACUGGGUCUUCGGGAUCUUCAGAAAUGGGAGCCGAUAAAAGAGUCAGUCGCACAGAGCGGAGUGGCAGAUAUGGGCCGGACCAAUCCAGGGAUGAUGCUGACUGGCGAGAGAGGCGAGACAGGGACUUGGAACGAGAGUACGAGGCACGACGUUGGGGCGAUGAGAGGCGUGGUGACCGCUACGAGGGGGAGCGCAGUAGGCAGGACAGCCCUGAGCGAGAGAGGAAACGCCGUAACAGUGAUAGAUCUGAAGAUGGGUACCACUCUGAUGGAGACUACAUGGACCAGGACUAUAGGGAUGAACCUGGAGAGGAAGUGGAGAGCAAGACUAUCAUGCUCAGGGGCCUGCCCCACCAGGUCACUGAGGCAGACGUUCGGGCAGCUAUAGAUCAAUUGGAGGGACCUAAGCCUGCAGAUGUCCGGUUGAAAAGGAAGAGGACAGGUAUAAGCCGAGGUUUCGCCUUCGUGGAGUUUUAUCACUUGCAAGAUGCUACCCGAUGGAUGGAGACCAAUCAGAAGCAGCUGGUGAUCCAGGGUAAGAAUGUGGUCAUGCAGUACAGUACCCCACGACAGAAGUUUGAAGACUGGCUGUGCAACACUUGUGGACUGUAUAAUUUCCGAAGGAGGCUGAAGUGCUUCAGGUGUGGAGCAGCCAAAGUUGAAGGUGAGACCACUGCACCCAGCACAGUGACUGAGCCCCAGCAAAGUGGAGACUACUACGGUGACACAAUCAUCUUGAGAAACAUUGCCCCUCUUACAACGGUGGAGGCUAUCAUGGCUGCCCUCGCACCCUAUGCCAACCUCUCAGCAAGCAAUAUUAGACUGAUCAAGGACAAGCAGACUGGACAGAACCGGGGCUUUGCCUUUGUGCAGCUUUCCUCCCCUCUGGAAGCUUCCCAGCUUCUCACCAUCCUCCAAGGCCUUCAGCCUCCACUUAAACUCGAUGGCAAGACCAUUGGUGUGGAUUAUGCAAAAAGCACUAGGAAGGAUCUGGUUACACCAGAGGGGAAUCGUAUCAGUGCGCUCUCUGUGGCCAGCACAGCCAUUGCUGCCGCUCAGUGGUCCUCCAGCCAGCCUCAACAGGGUGGGGAGGGAGCACUGGACUAUAAUUACCUGCAGGAAGGCUUUGCCCAGUAUGCACAGUAUGGUCAAGAGUACGGUUCAUAUUACCAGCAGCAAAGAGGACUGGACACCACACGUGGCGAUGGGUUACUUGGAGCUGCCCCUGGGAUUCCAGCCGUCUCUGGAGUGGUGGUCUCUCCAAGCACACAGGUCUUUCAGCCCCAUAUUGUCAGCCAGCCUGUCACCCAGGUAGCACAGGCCUCUCAGAACGCAGAGGCAGCUACAGCCCAGUCCGCAACCAUCACAGCCGCCGCCACCAUAAAAGCUCCUCCUACAUUUGCUGCAACCACAGCAACGGCAACUACCGCAGCCCCGUCAGAGAGCAAGACGGCCGUUCCUGACACCUCAACCUACCAGUAUGAUGAAUCCUCAGGUUAUUAUUAUGACCCACAGUCAGGCCUAUACUAUGACCCAAAUAGUCAGUAUUACUACAACUCCCAGACACAGCAGUACCUGUAUUGGGACAGUGAGAAACAGGCUUACAUACCAGCAGCUGAUAACUCUGCUCAGAAUGCAAAUUCCAACAUGGCAUCAGCCACAGCAAGCAAGGAUGCCAAAGAACCCAAGGAGAAGAAAGAGAAGCCCAAGAACAAGACUGCGCAACAGAUCGCCAAGGAUAUGGAGCGUUGGGCAAAGAGCCUCAACAAGCAGAAGGAGAAUUUUAAGAGCAGCUUUCAGCCAGUGAGCCAGGAGGAAAGGAAGGAGGCUGCAGCUGCAGAUGCAGGCUAUUCCCUUUUUGAGAAGAAGCAGGUUGGGACACUGGAGAAACCCCAGCAACCACAGCAGCCUCUGCCGCCACCACCGCCGCAGCAGCAGCUGCUGGUGGCAGAAACGGUGAAGAAUGGAGAAGAGGAAAACUCGGUGAAGGUGAAGAGUGGGGUACUGAAGUAUGAAUUGGAGUGUGGUCUAGUAGCUGCAUACAGUGGAGACAGUGACCCUGAGGAGCUGGAGUCUGACCGAGGUGAAGAGGGCACUGACAGGCUCACUGACUGGAAGAAGAUGGCCUGCCUGCUGUGCCGCAGGCAGUUUCCCAACAAGGAAGCACUGGUGCGACACCAGCAGCUGUCAGAUCUGCACAAGAAAAAUCUGGAAGUUUACAAAAGAUCUAGAUUGACUGAAUCAGAACUGGAAGAUUUGGAAAGAAAAGAAUCUGAGAUGAAGUACAGAGACCGGGCAGCUGAAAGGAGGGAGAAAUAUGGUAUCCCGGAGCCUCCUGUUCCUAAAAAGAAGAAGUUUAGCCAGCCUCCAGUUGUGAAUUAUGAACAGCCCACCAAGGAUGGCCUGAACAGUGACAAUAUUGGGAGCAAGAUGCUACAGGCAAUGGGCUGGCAGGAGGGCAAAGGCUUAGGGCGCAACCAGCAGGGCAUCACAGCGCCCAUACAGACUCAGUUAAGGACAAAGGGAGCAGGCUUGGGGACCAAAGGCAGUUCCUACAGCCUGUCUGCAUCUGACACCUACAAAGAUGCUGUCCGGAAGGCCAUGUUUGCUCGUUUCACUGAGAUUGAAUGAGCAUUUCAUCUGCCCUCAUCCUUUCCUCCCCUCUACAAAAUGGAGUGCCCCAGUAAUCAUAGGCCUGAAGUGGAGCUGUUCUUUUUGUUGCUGUCAUGAGUGUCACUUGGCAGUAUUCAAUGCCCAUGACUGACCAUCUGCCCUCAAAUCACACAUGGAUGGAAAAAAUAAGCACUCAGAAAAGGAAAUGACUGUUAGGAUGGUGAGAGAUUGGGGAAUAAAAUGAAGUUCUACUUCUGUAUUCUUUGUUGCCUCAACCAAGAAGUUUUGUUUUGGCAGCAGAGGUCACUGUUGCAACUGGAUACUGUAAAUAUAUUUGUUUAAAACCUUUUUGUCCUUGAUGGAAUUUGUGUGCAUGGUUAAGAAAUGUACAGUUUAUAUGAUUCAUUUAAUUUUGUACAGAACUAAUAAAUCACUGCUCACUUUGUUGUGUGAUCUACAUCUAAGGAGAGUGAAAUGUAGAGCACUAUGUUGUGAAUAAAAAAGUGGAAAAUCUA